CGGAACUUUUAUCACAUGCUCCAUCAUCUACAAUCUGUCGCUUACAGAGCGCGAACAAAAAAUCCAAAGUGUUCAAAGACAUCUGGAUUCUGUUCCCUGUACACAAGACCGUCUGCUACAAGUUAUGCUGAACAGCUGACACUUUUCACAAAGCAGUGCUGAUGAUUUUGCACUGGCUGUGUAGCUGCAGUAUGUCAGGGGGACCCAGGAAAGGACUCUCCAUCUGAGAUGAGUCUUCCCGAGGAACAUGGUGAACUUUCAGAUUCAGAGUCUGUGAAGAGUGACCAGUCAAAAGGUGAAGUACCAGACUUCAGUCUGGAAACAGCAUCGUCACCUACCAAAAGCGAAAUAUCAGGCUCGGGUGUAUUCAGCUCUGUGUCUGUGAAGAGUGACCAAUCAAAAGGUGAUGGACCAAACUUAAGUGAGAAAAAAACAUCAUCUGCCAAAAGUGUCUUUAGUGAAGAUUCAGAUUCAGAGUCUGUGAAGAGUGACCAGUUAAAAGGUGAAGUACCAGACUUCAGUGUGGAAACACCAUCAUCACCUACCAAAAGUGAAAUAUCAGGCUCAGAUGUUGUCAGCUCUGUGUCUGUAAAGAGUGACCAAUCAAAAGGUGAUGGACCAAACUUAUGUGACAAAAAACCAUCAUCUGCCAAAAGUGAAAGUUUAGACUCAGAUGUUUACAGCUUUGUGUCUGUGAAGAGUGACCAGUCAAAAGGUGAUGGACCAAACUUAAGUGAGAAAAAAUCAACUACCAAAAGUAGAGAAAGAUCAGGCUCAGAUGUUUUCAGCUCUGUGUCUGUGAAAAGUCACCAGUCAAAAGGUGACGGGCCCAAUUUGAGCAAGAAAACAACACCACAUACCAGAAGAGAAAGAUCAGGCACAGAUGUGUUCAGCUCUUUGUCUGUGAAGAGUGACCAGUCGAAAGGUGAUGGACCAAACUUAAGUGAAAAAAGACCAUCAUCUACCAAAAGAGAAAGGUCACACUCAGAUGUUUUUCAGCUCUGUGUCUCUGAGGAGUGAACAGUCAAAAGGUGAUGGACCAAACUUAAGAGAGAAAAAAACACAUCAGCUACAAAAAGUGUAAGAUCAUUCUCACAAGUGUUUCAGCUCUGUGGUCUGUGAAGAGUGACCAGUCAAAAGGUGAUGGACCAAGCUUCAAUGAGAAAACACCAUCAUCUACCAAAAGUGUAAGAUCAGGCUCACAUGUGUUCAGCUUUGUGUCUCUCAAGAGUGACUGUUCAAAAGGUGAACCAACGAAAAUCAUAACAAAGGACAGAAGACUACAGUAAAUAUUGGUGCAGAAUUUACAACGAUGGGAAGCUCUAAAAGCACAGAAGGGAAUGAAGAGUGAUGUGGAACUGGCAUCUUUUCUUCUCAACAGGGUUCAGUAUGAAGAAAUCAGACUUCCAGAAAUUACCGCUUUAUCAAGAAUUUCAGAGAAAAUCUUGUCUGGAUCUUCCAGG